AUGAUUUCUAAUCCUUCCAUAUCCUCUCCAAAUUUUGAUGAUCAACCGGAACCUUCAGAGUCUCUAGUGGUCAAUUCUCAACCUUUAGAGCCACCAAAUAAUAUCAAUGCUCUUGAACGUGAUCCUGGAUUACGUUCUCCCAUAUGGAAAUAUCCAGUGAAUAAGCGUGCUAGUGUUCGAAAAGCCUAUAUUUUGUUGGGUCCAUUUCAGCCUAAGUUAUCAUAUCCACUCACAAAUCAUGGGGGUCAAAAACGUAGAUUUCAGUCUUCUUGGUUCAAGGAUAAUCCAUGGCUUGAAUAUUCAAUUGCUCUUGAUAAAGCAUAUUGCUUCCCUUGUUUCCUUUUUGACACUGAAGAUUCUCAGCAUCAUGCAUUCACUGUUGAUGGGUUUCAAACUUGGAAGAGGGUUAGCGUUGGUGAUAAUAUGUUGAUUAAGCAUGAAGGAGGCCUUAACUCUCCGCAUCAUGCUACAAUGCAGAAAUGGGAUUUAUUAAGAAACCCAACCAAACAAAUUGAAACAAUUCUUGAGUCCAGGUCACUGAAAGAUGUGGAAGACAAUUGA